AGCGAAGGCACCGAAAGCUAGCGUCUCUGUGCAGCAGCCUCGGGCCCGGCAGCAGCAGGCGCAGCUUCAACCCCCGCAGCGGCGACAGCCCCAGCGCCAGGAGGCCAAGGCCAAGGCCAGGCUCUGCGCCGCUCUCGGAGUAAUUGCCGCGGCUUCAGAGGCUGCGGGGGCGCAGCUUCCUCCGGCGGGGGGCCUUCGCGUCGGCGGCCGCGGCCGCGGGGCCUCUCCUGAGUGCCCAGGGUCACCGUCCCCGAAACCCGGCGGCGCGGCCCUUCGUCCCCCUCCCCGCCCCCAGUCCGUCUCCUCGCUCCGGUCAGCAGCAGUCUUCCUCGCCGCCGCCUCUGCUGUUCCUCCGGCGGCCCGGCCCGGCCCGCCCGCCCCGCGUCCCCUCCGGCCGGUGCCUCUCCCCCCGGCGGGCUGCCUGCAUGUCUUUGCUGCCCUCAGCCCCGCCGCCACCGCCGCCGCCGCCUCCCCCGCCGCCGCAGCACCAGCACCAGCAGCAGCCGCCCCGCCGCCGCCGCCGCCGUCGCCGCCCGGACCCCGGCGCGCUGAAUGCAGACUAAUAGGGAUGCCAAAGGAAAAAUAUGAUCCUCCAGAUCCUCGCAGAAUUUAUACCAUCAUGUCAGCAGAGGAGGUAGCCAAUGGGAAAAAAUCUCACUGGGCAGAAUUAGAAAUCUCGGGUAGAGUGCGGAGCUUAAGUACGUCACUUUGGUCAUUGACACACUUGACAGCACUGCACCUAAAUGACAAUUACCUUAGUCGCAUUCCACCUGAUAUUGCCAAGCUUCAUAAUCUGGUUUACCUGGAUCUGUCAUCCAAUAAACUCAGAAGUUUACCAGCAGAACUAGGAAACAUGGUGUCUCUCAGGGAAUUGCUUUUAAAUAACAAUCUGUUACGGGUUUUGCCUUAUGAACUUGGUCGGCUCUUCCAGCUACAAACUCUAGGUUUGAAAGGCAAUCCUUUAUCACAGGAUAUUCUCAAUUUAUACCAGGACCCAGAUGGAACCCGAAAGCUACUGAACUUCAUGCUUGACAAUCUUGCAGUUCAUCCAGAGCAGCUUCCUCCGAGGCCAUGGAUUACAUUAAAAGAACGAGACCAAAUUCUGCCAUCAGCAUCAUUCACGGUUAUGUGUUACAAUGUGUUAUGUGAUAAAUACGCCACCCGGCAGCUAUAUGGCUAUUGCCCGUCCUGGGCAUUAAACUGGGAAUACAGGAAAAAGGGAAUUAUGGAAGAAAUUGUUAACUGUGAUGCAGAUAUCAUUAGUCUUCAGGAAGUGGAAACAGAGCAAUACUUCACUCUCUUUCUGCCAGCAUUGAAGGAGCGUGGAUAUGAUGGUUUUUUUUCUCCAAAGUCACGUGCCAAAAUCAUGUCUGAGCAGGAGAGAAAGCAUGUGGACGGUUGUGCAAUAUUCUUCAAAACAGAAAAAUUUACUUUGGUGCAGAAGCAUACAGUGGAAUUUAACCAAGUGGCAAUGGCUAAUUCAGAUGGAUCCGAAGCUAUGCUGAACAGAGUGAUGACAAAAGAUAAUAUUGGUGUCGCUGUGGUAUUAGAGGUCCACAAAGAACUAUUUGGAACAGGUAUGAAGCCUAUUCAUGCUGCAGACAAACAGCUGCUUAUAGUGGCAAAUGCCCACAUGCAUUGGGACCCAGAGUAUUCUGAUGUGAAACUUAUCCAGACCAUGAUGUUUGUCUCAGAGGUUAAAAACAUUCUGGAGAAAGCCUCUAGUAGGCCUGGCAGCCCAACUGCAGAUCCUAAUUCCAUCCCGCUGGUGCUAUGUGCAGAUCUUAACUCAUUGCCAGAUUCAGGUGUCGUGGAAUAUUUAAGCAAUGGAGGAGUAGCUGACAACCAUAAAGACUUCAAGGAACUAAGGUACAAUGAGUGUCUUAUGAACUUCAGCUGCAAUGGAAAGAAUGGAAGCUCAGAAGGGAGAAUCACACAUGGCUUCCAACUGAAGAGCGCCUAUGAAAAUAACUUGAUGCCUUACACCAAUUACACCUUUGAUUUCAAAGGCGUGAUUGACUACAUUUUCUAUUCCAAGACUCAUAUGAACGUGCUUGGUGUCCUGGGGCCUUUAGAUCCUCAAUGGCUGGUUGAGAACAACAUCACUGGGUGUCCACACCCUCACAUCCCUUCAGACCACUUCUCACUGUUAACACAACUUGAACUCCACCCUCCACUUCUGCCUCUUGUCAAUGGUGUUCACUUGCCUAAUCGGAGGUAGUGGAGUACUGCCCCGCAAAGACGGGGGGAUCUGUUGCUAUGGACCUGUACAGUUGUAAAUCAAAGUAUGUAGGAGUGAAGUAUGGCCAUCCUUAAGCUGCUUCUUCAGGUUCCUUUCAUUAUGUGUUUGCUCUAAGAUUUUGUACAUUUUUGUGCAUAUUGGUAUCAUUUGGCACUAGGGCUGGAACCAAAGUAUUACUUUCCAAAUUUUUAAUUUAACAUGUUUUUAAAUUGGACCUUUUUCAUAUUAUCUUAGAGUCAGCAUUUGUAAUUAAUAAAUCACCAAUUCAAGGCCCAACAAGUGUAUUUGUUUUUCCAAAACAAAUACUUUCUUUUGAAUGGUUUCAAAUCAACCAUUUUUGUAAAAGGUAAUUAAAAAGAACUAUAAAUACAACAUUUUAAACUGAAUGAUGGCAUGCCUUGCAGGAAAAAUUUCUUGGAUUUCUGUUUUCCAUUAUAACAAACUGGUUUUUGACUCCCCAAGUCUUUUGCACAUUAACAAAGCACUUAAAUUUGCUAGAUCUGUACAUAAACGAUGAUAUAGCCUUUAACCAUAAUAAGAAAAAUUGAGAAAUUAAAGGUGGUUGCACGAUAUGCUUUCAAAAUCAAGCAUUUAACAGUACAUGACAGUUGGGCAAGUGCUGGUUAUUUUUUUGUUUUGUUUUGAAGAAUCACUCUGUAUUUUGUUCCUCUAUUAGUUGUAACCUCAUUAGAAGUAUUAAUUUUAAGCCUUUCUCUCCAGUUUAUUUAUUGGGGAACAGUGGGUAAUUUCUACUGCCACAUAUCUUGAAAAUAGAAUUUUUUUACAUUUAGGAUGCCCACAAAAUUAGUGUCCAGUAUUUUUAAUUAUUCCCAUCCACCUUUUUCUGCCUGGUUGUGCUAAAAAGAAACAGAUAUUAUAUGAUCUGUACGAUUUUUGCAGUUAUAGUCAAAUGUUAAAAAACAAACAAAAAAAACCAGAACAACUGCUGAAUGAAAAGACCCUGAUCAAAGUUUUAAAAGGGAAAAGUGAUACAAAUAUUUCAUGUGUUUCCCAAAGUAGGGCAAGUGUCUGCUGGUUUUGGCUUUUUGAGGUGGAAAAGAUUUUGGAGGGAGAGAGAACAGGGAGUAGUUGAAAACCUCAGAUCAUUUUUCCUGACUCUAGUUGCCAAAUGGCCAUUAUAUGCUUUUAAUCUUUGUUUCUGUUGUCUGUCAGGGUUGAAUUAAGAAGCUACUGGUUUAUUCCCAACUGUUGAUGCUCUUUAGAAACUUUGGAAUCCUUUUUUUGCCCAGGAGGGGCCAGUUGAAAAUCUGUGACUCAAGAGGCAGUGAUCGUAAUAACCGUUUUCUGGGGGAAAAAAUUGGUUGGCUACUUGAUGUUAAUUAUGGCACAGUAACAGGAAAAGGUUGUGUCUGUGUUUUUAAGUUUUUCUUUAUUCUGCUUUUUUGCUGCUAUAAGAGUUUUCUGAAAUUUAUAUUUUAAACUUUUCAUGCACUUUACUGUUUCUAGUCUCAAAAUGUGAUAUUUUUAAUAAACAAGAAAUUUUCCAUUAUGUGAAUGAAAUUUUAAAAGAAAAUAGCCUAUAUUUGUGUCUCACUAAUAUAUAAAGUACAGGUCAAAUUUAAAUUAUUUAAUUAGUUUUAAAUAUAUACAAUUUGUCUCCUCUUUCAAACCUGACAUCGUAGGCUGUUUUAUUAGUCUUAAAUGAUGCAUUUCCUUUGGUCAUUUUAUACUAAUUUCUUCCAUAGUAAAUUAAUCAGGCUAUAUAAUAUUUCCCCUGAAGGGUAAUUUUAGUGGGACGAGGGUGGUGGGAUGAUGUAAUGUCGUAUAUGGGAUCGCAUCAGAAGGGUUCUGUAAAGCCUAAACUCCCUUUUAAAAGUGCCUAGUGAUAGAGGCGUUGUUUGUCAUCUUUUAUAAUUGGAAUGUAAUUGUAGUUGAGUGAAGUUUGAUGUAAAUAAAAUAUUCUUUUAAAAAUGGUAAAGUACCAGAAUAAACAAACAGAAACAAAGAAACAACCCUUAAGGUGACAGAUUUUCCUCAAUGUGCAGGUAUCCCUUCUUAUAUACCUCAAACAUUCAACAUCUAGCCAUGCAAAUUGAUUACCUGAACCAUAGUACUGGAAAGUAGAAUAGCAUGAAAAACUUAAUUUUGUGGACAUUACCUUUUUUUGUAAUCAGCUACUGUAUGUUUUAUUUUAAAUCUUUUGUUUUGGGUGGAUUUUCUGCUCUGGAGGUAUAUGCACUAACAAAACAUUUUCCUCCUUUCAUAUACGCAUGUUAAUUAGCAAUGUGAGCAAUAUUUCCUACCAUACUUCACUCCCGAUAUUUUUUGAGAUGUUUGUAUAAAAUGGAAUUUAAAGUUCACUUAUGAUUGUAUAUGAACCACAGAGGAGCCCAUUUAUUAAUAAAAAAAACUUUUUUAAUAGUUAAAUGUAGAGGGAAAAAAUAAAAAAAAAAUUGGGAAACAUUGUAAACAGCUUAAGUUUAUUUUGUGUAUGAUCGAGGCACUCUGUUGCAGGAAGGUGUGUAAUUGGGUUCUCUCUGCUUCCAAAUGCACUCUUUCAAACCAUUCAUUAUCCUGUGUAUUUUUAAUGUGGUUUUAGUAAAUGUUGGUAGUAGCUCUGUUGAAGUAGGUAAUUGUGUUAUGUUUUGGGUGGCACACACACUUGGGGCAUGGUAACCCAAAUUUCAUGUGCACGGUUUCCCUUUAGCCCACUGCCCAGAUUUCACACACUUUCACCCUUUGUUCCCUUUGUAAAAGGAGUGGUAUCUGUUUUGAGCUGCCAAUUCAGAUGAUCAGAAAUGCUGCUCUCCUCAGUAUUGUCUUGUUAAAACGCAUGCCAUUUGGAACUUUGGCAGUGAGAAGCCAAAAGGAAGAGGUGAAUGACAUAGGGUAUAUAUUCAAUGAAAGUAAAAUAUUUAUGCUUAUAUACUUUCUAGUUCUCAGAAUAAGUUUAAUAAGCUUUAUGCCAUGGGGCUGCUGCAUAUUUUAUGUGAAGUUAAGAGAAAAUUUGGGCAUUUUUAGGUUGUGAUAAUGUGUUGUGUUUUUUUUUUAACUGUUAAAUAUGAUUUCUGAUCUUUGUGUAAGAACUGGAGUGUUCUUUAAAUUUAUUGAAACAGUGUUUGAGGAAGGGAAAACUGCACUGUUUGCUAUUACAACAGUCCUACAAGUGCAUGUCAAGUCACCCACUCUCUCAGGCAUCAGUAUCCGCCUCAUAGCUUUACACAUUUCGAUGGGGAAUAUUGCAGCAUCCUCAGGACUGACAUCUGAGAAAGGCUCAAAUCCACUUACUGCUCCUUGCUUGUUGACUUUGUUUUAAAAUAUUGUGCCUGGUGUCAACUUUUAAGCAACAGCACUGCCUAAAAGCAAGCAGAGAACAGAAUCCCAGCACCAUUCUAUAGGCAACUUUUUAGAAUUCAGAUAUAGUAAAUCUGUUCGAGAUUUAUGAUGUUUUAUGUAAAAAAAAUUUUGUACAACGUAGCUGAAUAUUUUUGUUUCAUUUCUUUGAUGUAAGGCGUGUGAACGUUCGUUUGAAUAUCACAUGUUAAAGUCAGGUAAUGGCACAAUGGGUUCUGAGACCAGCUUCCCCCCCCUUCCUCCCAUUUGCCUUGUUCCAAGCUCUUUCUUUUCAAAUUACUUUUCAAUAUUCAUAGGCAGAUAUUUAAUUUUACUAAUAAGCAUCCUGUGUGAAUGUAUUAAAGAAGCCACUGUGUUUUAGUGUUAUAGUUUGCAGAAGUAUAAAGCUUCGUUCUUCUUUGUCCCUCUUAUUUGGUAUGUUACAGUUAUGUAUUGAAUCACAGAGAUGGGAGAAAGUUGAAAGAUAUCUAAGGCUCAUAUCACUUGAUUCUACAGUGGGUUGUAUUAGAAUUGAGGAUGUGGCACAUUAAAACUGGAACAUGGGCAAACAUAACUAUGUUCCAUUUAAAAAUUGUAUUUCUAAUUAUCUAUUAAGUGGGUGAAAAAUUAAGUUUGCAUUUGUAUUCCCAAGAGUUUCUAAAAAUCACAAAUCCAUCUAUACUUUCAAAUCAAAUAGCAAGAAGUAGAAUAGCACAAGACAAAAUAGGUUAAAUGUGUUCUUUGAUGGAAUCAGAGGCAUAUUGUUUUCAUUCCUAAUAUAGGGCUAGAUUUUCUAGCGAAUUGGCUGUGUCCCAGUACUUACAGUACUUACUUGUUUCUAAGUCUUCUAUUCUGAGAGAUUUUAAUAGCUUUGUAAAAUGCACUGACUGAUCAGUAGCUUUGGCCACAGAAAACAUAAUCAAUUUCUGAUACAUUUGGCAGGCCAUAGAAUAAUGGUUAUAUAGCAAGCAAUGACUUUAUGGCACGUUUUAAAAAUAGCAUUCAAAUAUACUUUUUGACAGAAAUGUGAAUUCUCACAUUUAUAAGGUAUUCUCUUUCUCUCCUACCUGCCCUCCCCUUUAAACAAAAAUCAACUUUCUAAUAUGUAGAUUUGUUUAAUCUUUUCCUUCUGAAUUGUAUCAUGUUUAUAGAACUGUGAGAAUUCUAGGUAGACAAAUUAGGAAAAUCAGAGUAUUUUUCUAAGCCAGGAACUUCAAAUAAAGUUUUCAAUUUGUAGACUGAGAGAACUUUUGUAGUUACGAUUGCUUUGAGUGAUUUUAAUUUUUUUAUGGCAUCAUGAUCAUCAAUUUCAAAUCCAAGUAAAUUAGUACACCUUUAACCUGGCUUAUUUACCAAAGUUGUAAUCUGUUUAAGAACAGGAUGCCAAAAGCAUCUUUCAUUUUACAGAACGAUUUGGAUAUCUCUGUUGUAUAAGCGUCAUCUUAAAGUUUAAGGGUAAGAAGAAAAAAGGAAGCACUUACACUGCAGGGUGUUCUGAAUACGAGCCACGAAAAGAAAAAAAGUUUUUUUUCAGGAAGGUGGUAAGGGAGAGCAUGCAUAUUUCUUGUUUUAACCAAAUACCUUCUUUAUGUAAGGUUCUCUGUUGAAUUACAUAAGUCCUACGGCAAGAAAUAGGGAGAUACUAGGAAAAGCAAGCUUUGUUAACCUACUUAGUAAUUUCUUUUGGCGUAGGUUUGUUUGGGUUAUUCUUGGAACCAAAGGAAAACAGGCAUGUUGAGGUUUUAUUCGAUGUAUAUUAUGACAUUGAAGUAAUGGAAUGUUUUUAAGUAAAAUAGAUUUUACUUUCAAAGCAUAUGAAAUAAGGACAUUUCUGCCUAUUAAAUGUUCAUUUUUUAUGGCACUUACUAUAAAUUCAGUAGCAUUGUACUGAAAUUAGAAAUUGUGUUAUCAGAAAUAAAUCAUAUUUUGAAAAAGGUAUGUAAAUGCCAAGUGAUAUGACUCUUUUGGCAUAGUAGCUUGGUACAUUCAGCUUUCAGAAACUUUGAGAAGGCAUAGUUUGGCACCUAUUAGUAGUUAUUUUUCUUAUAAUCUCCCCAGAUUUAGAUAAUUUCCCUACUUGUAUGUGUGUCACUUUUAAUUCUAAAGGCAUAAGAAUCAUGGUAACUUUUAGAAGUGGUCCUUUCUUGCUCAUUUCAGUUUUGUGUUAAUUUCUAGUUACUGACCUAUGACUGUAUUUCCUUUCAAACCAUCAGUGGUUAUAUGUACCACAUUUGUUGAAUUAGUUAUCUUAAAACUCACACAAUUGGCUCAGCGUUGAUGUGUCAAACAAUGGCUUUGCUUCUUAACAGGCUUAGUUUCCUGCUACUUGUUUCAGUGUUGAUACAAUAAGUGAUGCAGUAGUCUGGGUGUGUAUGUAUUAAGAAGCUGUACUGUUCUUUCUCUGUGCUUAACUUGCUAAAAAUAUAUUCCCUUACCUAUGAAAUUCCUGAGCGGUGCUCUGCCAACUUUUUUUUGGGGGGAGGAGUUUGGAUGGCUGUAUUACUGCACACUGGAUCUGGAAUUGUUCAGUGUUGUGAGUGGCAAAUUUCUUAAACACCAGCAGCACUGAGAAGUGCACUAUGGGCAUUCGUACAGUUGUCCAAAUGCAAGCAAUUCUUUCAUCUAGGAGAAGUUGAGGAAUAGAGUUCAUUGGAGUACUUGGAAUAUUUUGAGGAGGAUGAACGUUUCAAAUUUGGCUUUUUUACCUCUGGAUGGGGUGGUAUGGAGGGAGAUUUUUUUUUUUUUUUUUUUUUAAAGAGAAAGCAUGUUUGUACCUUCUCUUUCGGAAAGGCCAGGGUGUUGGUCAUAUUCACUAUAGGUUAAUUUAUAUCUUCUUUUGUGAUUUCUUUCAACCAUAAAACAAGUGCCAACUAAUUGUCCACGAGACUAUCUACUCUUCAACUCAAUUUACCAUUUGAAUAGGGAAGGAUUCAUUUAUUCUCAUUAUUUGGCAUUAAACUAAUUUAUUAUUUUGCAUAAAUUUGAGUAAUUAUGUGGCCUAUAAAGUGUUUUUGUAGCGAAUUUAAUGGUUGGAAAGAAAAGCACUUGAGUUUAAAACUGAGCAAGAUAUUUUGGUAAUUUUUCCCCUGAAUACAUAGUAGUUUCUAUUGAUGUCCCAAAACAAAUUCUCCUGUUUUAGGUUGUAUAUUUACUUUGCUUUUGUCCUAAGAAAAUGCCAAGCACUAAAUCAAUUUGUUACUGUGUUCCAAUAAUCAGUUUAAAAUCUAAGAUCUUUCUUUUUUCUUUUCUUUUUUCUUUUCUUUUUUCUUUUCUUUUUCUUUUCUUUCUUUCUUUCUUUCUUUCUUUCUUUCUUUCUUUCUUUCUUUCUUUCUUUUGAAGAUUUAAUGAAGUGCCAUGUAAUUGUAGCUAGUAGUGUUUAAUGUUUAAUAGACUGGUUCUGUGGUGUUCUAAUCAUUUAACACUCUGUCAUCCUUGAGAAAGUGGUUCUUUCUUACUGAACACAUUCUCUCUGACAAAAUCACCAGCUGCUUUAUUUUUCUAUUUAUUACAGUUAAACAGUUGAUGAGGUCUGAAACUUGACCAAACUGCUCAGCUGAGAUGUUUUUCCACAAUAGACACUGUACAAAUGUGCGUGUAUAAGGACACAGUUGGGUGGUAGUAUUUUUUCGUUAAUGUGAACAUUGAUUAAACAAAGCAGUCCUGCCUUUUAAAUCUUGUGGCAGCUCAGAAGGGAGGUGCUUAAGAACCUUAACUACUAUGUCAGAUGACAAAAUACUUUUUUCCAUUUUGGAGAUUGGGUACUGCUCACACAUGAUGUAUAGGGCUAAAUAUAUGCUUGUUUCCUUGCACCUGUGUACUUCCUCUUCUCUCCCUCCCUUUCCUUCCCCUGUAGGCAAUAAAUGGCCAUUUUGCAACUGCA